AUGGUACAUCACCACCAUCAUCAUAGAUAUCACCAUAAUCAAAAUCAUUUAAAAAGACCGUUAAAAGGAGGUACUGAAGAUGAUGAUAUUUUAGAAAUUACACCAAUUGGAAGUGGAAAUGAAGUAGGUCGUUCAUGUGUUUUAUUAAAAUAUAAAGGAAAAAAGAUUAUGUUUGACUGUGGUGUACAUCCAGCAUAUUCAGGUUUAGUUUCAUUACCAUUUUUUGAUUCGGUUGAGUCAGAUAUUCCAGAUAUUGAUUUAUUAUUAGUCAGUCAUUUUCAUUUAGAUCAUGCAGCAGCAGUACCCUAUUUUGUUGGUAAAACUAAAUUUUCAGGUAGAGUUUUUAUGACACAUCCAACCAAAGCAAUUUAUGGAAUGUUAUUAGCAGAUUUUGUUAAAGUUACAACAAUUACAAGAGAUGACGAUAUGCUAUUUGAUGAAAAGGAUUUAAACAGUAGUCUAGAAAAGAUUGAAAAAGUGCGUUAUAGACAAAAAGUGGAACAUAAUGGUAUCAAGGUUACAUGUUUUAAUGCAGGGCAUGUGUUGGGUGCAGCAAUGUUUAUGGUGGAAAUAGCAGGUGUCAAGAUUUUAUAUACAGGUGAUUUUUCAAGACAAGAAGAUAGACAUUUAAUGGGAGCAGAAACCCCACCUGUCAAGGUUGAUGUUUUAAUUAUUGAAUCAACCUAUGGUGUUCAAGUACAUGAACCUAGACUAGAGCGUGAAAAACGUUUUACAACAUCAGUACACGAUGUAGUUUCAAGAGGAGGACGUUGUUUGAUUCCGGUUUUCGCUUUAGGUAGAGCUCAAGAGUUAUUAUUAAUUUUAGAUGAAUAUUGGAUUGCCAACCCUUCACUCCAUGGAAUCCCAAUUUAUUAUGCCUCAGCAUUAGCCAAAAAGUGUAUGGGUGUUUAUCGUACCUAUAUCAAUAUGAUGAAUGACCGUGUUCGUGCUCAAUUCGAUGUAUCAAAUCCUUUUGAAUUCAAAUAUAUUUCAAAUAUUAAAGGUAUCGAAUCUUUUGAUGAUAAUGGUCCAUGCGUUUUUAUGGCAAGUCCUGGUAUGCUUCAAAGCGGUUUAUCACGUCAGCUAUUUGAACGUUGGUGUACAAGUAAAAGAAAUGGUGUUGUUAUUCCUGGUUAUUCUGUAGAGGGUACAUUAGCCAAACACAUUAUGAGUGAACCAACUGAAAUUACCCGUCUAGAUAAUGUUAGUGUUCCAUUAAAUCUUUCUGUAAGCUAUGUAUCAUUCAGUGCUCACUCUGAUUUCCUUCAAACAUCAGAGUUCAUUCAAGAGAUACAGCCCCCACACGUUGUUCUGGUUCAUGGAGAUGCCAAUGAAAUGUCACGUCUUCGUAAUGCAUUAAUCGGUCGUUUCAAAUCCAUCAAUGUAUUGACACCAAAGAAUGCGCAAUCAGUAAGUCUAGAAUUUAGACCUGAAAAAGUUGCCAAAACAUUAGGAUCCGUUUUAACCAGUGCUCCUCAACAAGGAGAUCUCGUUCAAGGUAUCUUGGUCACCAAAGAUUUCAUUCAUCAUAUUGUCGCUCCAAACGAUAUUCACAACUAUACAAAUUUAAAAACAAACACCAUCAAGCAAAAACUUACCAUACCAUUCGCUCAAAACUAUCACAUACUUUACAGCACAUUAGAACAAAUCUAUGACAAUAUCGAGGAGAGUGAAGAACGUGAUGUCAAUACCAACUCUAUCAAGCCAAUCAUUACCAUCUAUAAUGAAAUUAAAUUAACCUAUAAUAUCGGUGUUUCAAUUGUAUUAGAAUGGAACUCCAACACUGUUAACGAUAUGAUAUGCGACUCUAUUAUAGCAUUGGUAUCACAAAUCGAAUCUAAUCCACUUAGUAUCAAAGUUAGAAAUCCAUUAUCUCAAUCAUUAAACGACAUCAAAGAGGAAAUAAACACUGAAAACCUAAAAGACCAAGAGGAAAAAUUAGAAAAAAGGUUAAAAGACGAAGAAACACCAAUAGGUGAUCAAUCAGAUCCAGAUAAUAUUGUAAAUAUUAAAGUUUUAAAUAAAAAAUCAAGAAAACAAUCUGCAAAUUUAGAUUUAAUAACUCAAGUAAGAUCAUUAUUAGAAGAACAAUAUGGAAAAAUGACAACCGAUGAAACCAAUCCUUUAAUUUUAAUUUUCGACUUAGAUGGUCAAAAAGCUUUAAUCCAUUUAGAAUCACUUCAAGUAGAAUGCUUGGAUAACAUAUUAAAACAAAAAUUAGAAAACUCAAUUAAAAGAAUUAAAUUAUCAGUUCAUCCGAUAAAUAAUAUUCAAAUUAUUAAUAGUAAUAACAAUAACGAAACUUUAAAUAAUGACAAUAACAAUGAUAAUAACUCCCAUGAGGAUAAUAGUGUAGAAAUUAAAAACUAA